AUGGGCUCCAUUAAUGCUGAAUUCAAGAACCCUGCUACCUCCACUCUCCUGGAGGUUGUCAAGGCCCGUCGGACUUACUAUGGUCUGAAGGCGGAGAGCCCCAUCUCCGAUGAUGCCAUUCAGCGUAUCGUUCAGGACUCCGUCCUCCACGUCCCAAGCUCUUUCAACACCCAGACCUCCCGUGUUGUACUUCUCCUGAAGGAGGAGCACCAGAAGGUCUGGGACAUUGCCAUCAGUGCAAUGGAGGGUCUGGUUGCCGCUGGACAUGUCACCAAAGACAUGUUCGAGAACCAGACGAAACCCAAGCUUAAUGCCUUCCGCGCCGCUUAUGGCACUGUUCUCUUCUUCGUUGACUACGAUUCUCUCGCUCCCAUCAAGGAGAAGUUCGCCAUUUAUGCCGACAAGUUCGAUCCAUUUGCACUGGAGUCUAACGCUAUGUCUCAGUACCUUGUCUGGCUCGCUCUCGAGUCUGAGGGCUUUGGUGCCAACCUCCAGCACUACAGCCCCCUGGUUGACGAGCAGAUUGCUAAGACCUGGAACCUGCCCGCCUCUUGGAAGUUGGAUGCUCAGCUGGUCUUCGGUCUCCCUACAUCUGAGCCCGGCGAGAAGACCUUUGAGCCUCUUGAAAACCGCUUCAAGGUCUUCGGCAAAUAA